CAGUCAGCGGCAUACCGCCAAUUAAAUAUCCCACGCCGUAGGCAUUCGGACAAAUCGAGCCCAACAACAGGCCUACCACCAACCGUGGGCAAUAGAUUAGCCUUAUAAAAUAUACUUUCAACGCUCUUGGCCAACGCUUGGCCCGUUCAUUCAUCCGCAUAGCAACCCCCGUCUACUCCGACACGCAAAUCGACGCGAUAAACUCCCCCCAUUAAAUAGCAGAGCAUGCUGCCAUGAAGAGUCGUAUUUCCCCUUCGCGAAGACUGCUGCGGCACUGCCAGUCAGUCAACAGUCAUAAUCACCUCUUGAGAUCCUCGCAACAAUGCAAACGCCGUUUCAGCACCGAACAAGGCGCCGGUGCUCCGACACAGCAAGUUGCUGACGCAGACAUCGCAUCUCUUGCUCGCCAGAAACAGCAUCCACUCAGUCUUGCAGAUUUAGUCAAGCACGGACGGCCACCACUGUCAGAGCGAUCGCUCUUAUCUUCCGCCAACUUCACCCUCUCUCUUCUACCAAUCCGCCUCGCUCAUCGCCUCCAAGCUCUCCGAAAUUUGCCAUUCAUCGUCGUCUCCAACCCCAAUAUCUCUCGAAUCUAUAACAAUUAUCUCCAUUCUCUAUCUAUUCUGCUACCGUACUGGAAGCUCGCGUCCGAAGGGCGCGCUAUUACGAAUUUGGAGGAUGAGAUCAAAUUUACAAACGUCCUUACAGAGCUGGUUGCAACACACGCCGACACUAUACCUAUCCUUGCUAAAGGCUUCCUUGAAUGCCGCCGCUACGUCUCCUCAGCCGAUGUCACCCGCUUCCUUGACCAGCAUCUUCGUGCUCGUAUCGGUACUCGCUUAGUUGCUGAACAGCACAUUGCUCUUCAUUUCAGUAGCCAGCCUCACUUCGACCCAGACGCCAGUCCGACACCCUGCCCAGAUCUUCCAAAUUAUAUUGGCGUUAUCGACACCGCUCUUCGCCCAGUACACACCAUCGAAUCAUGCGCAGGCUUUGUUGCAGACAUAUGCGAACUUCGAUAUGGUAUUCGUCCAAAACUGAUUGUUGAUGGUGAACCGGACGCCACAUUGGCGUUUGUACCAACCCAUCUUGAGUACAUUGUCACAGAGUUGCUCAAAAAUGCAUUCCGGGCAACGAUAGAAAACAAAUCCCAGGAGCCCAUUGUGGUCACAAUUGCUCCUGAGCCGGCUUUCAAGCACCAACCCGAAACUAUACCGUACAUCCAGCCAGCUGACUUGGGGCCCGAGGCUACCAACCAUGCCAUUCAGCCGCUUGAUGAUAACACGCCGGGAGUUACUAUUCGUAUAAGAGAUCGUGGAGGCGGUAUUCCGACGGAUGUCCUGCCCGACAUCUGGUCGUACUCAUUUACAACAUUUUCUGAAGACGAUGACUAUGGAAGCGGUAGCGGUGGUGAUGGUCUUAAUGCAAUUGCAUCCGUCAGCUCUGGUGGUAGCUCUAUUGCUGGUCUUGGAUAUGGUCUGCCAUUAAGUCGAGCAUAUGCUGAAUAUUUUGGGGGAGGUAUUGCUCUUCAGAGCUUGUACGGUUGGGGGACAGACGUUUACUUGAGACUCAAGGGAGUCGGCAGGAUUGACAAGUAAAGGUAGAGAGAUGUAUCCAAACUAUUAGCACUAAAAACAUAAACAGCAUACAUUAGAAUCACCGUUGCUGAGAGAGGCGGAUUAUAAAUUAUAAAAACAUUUAAUUGUCCUAAUACUAUGAAAACAACUACAUUAACAAAUAUAAAAAAUCCAAAUGAGAGAAAGUUUACCACGACGAAUGAGGUGAAAGAGAACAAAGAGACUUCUGAGAGGCGAUGCUCAAUGCUCACCUUUCAGUCUAAUUCGUAACCCGUCCUAAAAGUCUGACAAUCAACGCCUUCCUUCGCAUCCAGAAGGAACCCCAUACACUGAAAGGGAGAAGCCAAGAGAUAAAUGAUUAAAGAUUCGAUAUUUUGAAGACGAAAAUGUAUGAUGUGGCUUUAUGUUGUUGCGAACGCAGUCAAAAGAAAAGUAUAGUCGUCACAGACAUGCUUGAUGGUCAAGCUGGUAGGUAAAUCUGCACCUACAUGCUCUCAAGCUCGCGGUCGAUUUGGCGAUCCAUAAAGGUUCGUCGUUCGCCAACCAGCUCCAUCUGCAUGCGUUGCUCUACCAAAGCACGCACUUGCUUCUUAGUGACCGUAUCAAGGUCCACUUCGCGCAAAACAGCCUGGAUAGAGUCGAUAAUAGCGGCGUCAGAAGCAGCAGUGUUGCCAUUCCUGAAGUCAAAGUUGGGUACAGACUGCGACGAAUCCACGCCCAUGGGAGUACGAUGUCCACCGCCGUAGCCUAGAGCGGACGACGAUCUGUUGGCACCAGUAACACCAGAUAGAUUGGAUUGGCUGCGCUGGUUCAUGGCAGGGCGAGCUGCGGGGAACUCUUGGUAAGGAGAUUGACGGCCGUGAAGAUCAGCACCUGACAUAACAGACUGACGGCGGCCAGCCAUGCUAGGAGGAUGCAUGCCAGACAUCAUAGAUGCGCGGUUGCCGGGAGCAACAAAGCCAGUCUGAGUGGGCAUGGAUGGAAGCAUUGUUCCCUGAGGGGCUGCUGAGUAUACAGAGCGCAUCUCGUCUAGCUCAUACUGGUCGGCGUAGGGAGAAUCAUGUUUCUCCUGGUAGCCGCCGCGACGGCCAGGGAGGUUGUUGGCGUAGGCGUAGUCAUCCCAGCGCUGCAAUGGAAUAGAACGAGGAUCAUAGACCUCCUCAUCGACAGAGAUAACUUGCUUGCUGCCCUUCUCACCAAUGACAACGCGGGUGUUACCCCAGGAGAAGUUGUCCUGGUUCCAGAAAGAGUAGAUGGGGAGGACAAACGAGUAGAUGGGGAAGGCGAUGAUGUAAAUAAUCAUCCAUCCAAUGUGUUGCCACUGGCGCUUAAGAAUGAAGACCAGAGCUUGUAGACCGUAGACGGCUGCAAGUAGAGCAAUAGAAAUGAGCGGGAACGGGCCAGUAUGGCUUGCCACGCGAUAAAUGAGGUAGCCAAGGUAAACGCAGGUAGCAGGAAGGACAAGAGUACCACAAAGAUCGAUGAGAACAACAAAUCGCAUACCAAAGCAGCAGAAACCACACAUUUCUUCUAGACGUAACAGUUCAACCAGGUUAUGAAUAGUCGAGUUGAUCCAUCUUCUGCGCUGAGAGAUCAACACACCGAAGGAUUCUGGGGCAGCCGUCUUACACUGAGCAUCAGGAACAAACUUGUAGCUCAUCUGUGGGAAAUGUUUCGUCAUAAGGGUCGUCAAGUAUCUGUCUUCACCAAGGGCAAGCAAGUUCUUCUGAUGCAGCGUGUCGACGUCGCAUACUCCAUACUCCUUGAUAACAGCAUCUGAAAUAAUCAGGGGCUUGCCCUUGUCAACAGUUCUCAGGCGGUACAUGGUGAAGCAGCCAGGCAAACAGGUAACCGCACCAAACAGAGAUUCGAACGCCUUAGCCAGGUGAUGAGAAAUGAAGUACUCAUAAACCUGAAUCAUUGUCCACCAAGAUUUUUCGUCGUUUUGCAAACUUGUCUCGCCACAAAUACCAGCAAUUUUAGCGUUGUGAGCACAAGCGGAGACCAAUCUGUUGAGGGAGUCUUCGUUCACCGCGGUAUCGGCGUCGACCAUCAGAAGAUAUUCGUACAGUUCUGGGUCAACGCCAAUAAUAUUGUUGAUCUGGUGGAACAUCUCUAGUUCAAGAGGGUUCAUAGGAGAUCGGUGGUGAACGCGGUUCAGGAAGCUCAUGAGCAAAAUCUGCGAAUCACGCUUGCCACGGUUGCCCGGCUUGGCGUUGUUCUGUUCGGAUUCUUUACCAACCUUGACGACGACAAUGUACGGAACGACAUUGCCCUCGAAUUCAUAAAGACCAGAGUAGACCUUGGCAAAGUUGAGUUGCUCACUGCCAGCGCCGACGGAGUGGAAGGGCAAAGCAGGAGGAUCCAUCUUAGGGUCAACUCCCAAAAUGUCCAGUACAAUCUUCGGAGUAGGUCGAUCAUUACCUUGACCAGUAAUGAUACCGUCGCAGAUAACGCAAAUCAAUUUUCUCUUGUUGUCAUAUUGGAGAGCGGUGAGAGAGUCCAAGGCCUUUCGAAGGGAAUCUUCACCUUCGGUGUAGGCAGGAACUUGGCAGAUGACAAACUUGUCUUGGGGAGCAGGUCGACGCUUCGAGCUGAACUGCAAUGCUGAGACAAACUUGAUCAGAAUAAUGGCGCAGAUGAUGAUGGUGAAGGCAAGAAGAAUCCAGUUAUUCACGGUACAUCGGGGACCCUCGCGGAAAUCUGUCUUGCCGACAUACGCAAUGUUCCGAACACAGGUCCAGGAAGCAGCCAGAUUGUUAUAUUCGUCGUUGUUAGAGCGAGCAUUUGUGAAAAUGUCAUUCAGGGGUCCUGUGACAUCUUGUCCCGGCUUGUUCUUAAACAAAUCGCUGAUUUUGGUGUUGAUGAAUUUGUAUUCAUCGCGCCCCUGCAUGGAUUCUAAAGUGUAAAAGUACUGUGACAAGUCGUAAACCUCGUCUUUAUAGAUAAUCCAGGGACGGUUGUCAUCAUUGCCUUGCUGUCGAAUGUUUCCUACGCUAUGGACGAGAUCGCCAUGGUAGAAUUCCUUGAUUUUGGGAGUGAAUUUGGUGGCGUACCAGUCGCUCUGUUUAAGUGCGUCCGACUGAAGUCCGAUUGUAUUAGGGCCAGACGCGUGGUUAGGCAAUGCCGUCAAAUCAGGAUCCAAUGUGGCGUUGAUUUGCAGAUAGACACGAUCCGAUUCGACAACCCCUUGGCAGUACUGGUUGAGAGGUGGCAUAAAGUACUGGUCAAGAACGUGUCCACUGAAGAAUGCCAUCUUGUCCGGAGUGACGUCUUGGCCAGGUAAAUCACUGUGUUGGAUUUUGUAGAAGGACGUGAGAUCGUAGACCUUGCCAUGGAUGCCGACCCAGUAAUCAUUGGUCCCUUGAUGUGACUUCAACUCGCCGACAUUCCAGGCCUUAUCGAAGUUCGGGCAUAGAAGUUGGCCGAAAACAAUAAUCCAGAAGAUGAUGAAGGCGUUGAUGAGGAAAAUGAGGAAAACUAGAACGAGUUUUUCUCGCCAAGCCAUACGCACAUCGGGUCGUCUCAUACGACCGACAUAACGGAGAAGAGGUGAUGGGAUCCAGAAAGUCAAUGCCCACACAAAGGCGACCCAUGCACGUCGGCCGAUACCGAUGUGCUUUGUCUCUGUUUUUCUGCCAUUGGCAUGCUCGGCAUCCAUCGCAGCGUCGAAAUCGACGUCAUCAGGCUCACCCUUAUACGUGUCACCCUUUGUACCAAGACCAUAGUCGCCUUUCUUAGCAGCUCGCAUCGCGGUAGGUGCAAUAGAGGGAGCACCAGGCAUAACGUGGCUGAGGUUACCUUGACUGGGGUUCCUAGAGUGUGCAAUGACGAGAUCAUCACGACUAUUCGUCAUGCCAGUGUCAACUCCAGGGGUAGGGAAGAAACCACUGCCAUUGUUGGAGUAUCCAGUGUCAAAUCCAUUGCUGAAAGGAUUGAGGUGCAAUGCAGGCAUGCCGUCACCCUGCUUAGCAUCAAGCAUGCUCUCUGCCUCCCACCAAGCGUUUUCACGGAUCCAGAUGCGAUCUUUGCCAACAAAGAUCUCGCCAUUGCUCCAGCCACGCUCAAGCAUCCAGCUCUCAACUCCAUCGCGGCCGUCUUUACAACCUAGUGGGCUAUAGCGAGUGACGAACUCAUCAACGUCAAAAUCUGCCGUGUAAUCCAUCUUUCGGUUUCUGCGGUUAGCCCAUUCAGGCAAACGCCAGGAACGAAGCUGACGCGAUACAGUUCCAGCGGACCAUGCAGAGGUAAUGGAGGGCAGGGCUGCAAGAUUGGCAGGCGAAUCGUCGGUGGGAUGGAGAGAGAGAUGAUGCCAAACACGGUUGGAGGUCAUGAGAUGCGCGAGGUCGACCCUGCCAGCUCGUCCCAGGUUGAUACCUUCGCCUUGUACAGGGAAUAGCAGCUUCUUGAGGAAGCCGCCUUCUUCCGAAGCGUAGCCAACUUUCUCGAGUACAAUUUCUCGCUUUUCUAACUCGUGUUGUCGCUCCCUGCCCUUAGGGCCAGUGGAAAGACCAAGGUCGGCCGCCAUAUCAGCAACAGCUUGUUCAGUCUCUUUGACAAUGGUGGAACCUGCAGGGGCAACAUUCACACCAUCUUGGAUCAUCUCGGCGUUGAGACCCUUUGAGUCGUCAAAAAUAGACUGCAUGCAGAGGGCUUUACCUAGAGCAGGGUCGGGAACUUCCACAAUAGUGAUGGAGACGCUGUCCGCGGAUUCGUCAAGAGGGGCACCUGACGGUCGUCCCUCAAGAGACUCCUCUCCACUCAGAACUCGCUUCAUUUGAUCAGCGAUGGCACUGUUAGCUUUGGCAAUAACCCAGUCAACCAAGGAUUCAUAGAGGCCGUCGACUAGUAUUUUGCGAUCCUCAGUGCUGCACUGGUUCAGAAGAACAUCUGGCUCCAUUCCGAGCAGACCACUGACCUCUUCGCAGAUCUCUUCGAGAACUUCCGGCUCAGCUUCAUAGUCAAGAGUGUUGCCCAACUUGAGCAGUCCGGCGAGAAUGGAAAUAAGGUUGCGGUGCGCAGAUCCUUUGAUACCAAUAUCCUUUAACGCCUGACGGAAGUCAUCAGCCGAUGCGGCGUCGUCUGCAGUAGGUAGGUAGGCAGGAGGAGUGUACGUUUUGGAUCUAGCAAGGAGCGCAUAAUCGGAAGGCGUCUUCAAUCCGAGAUAUUCUCUUUCAGCUGGAGUCGAUGCAGAAGUGAGAAGGUAGUAAAAAACGUCAAAUGCACGGUAUCCGGCAUCACUGACAAUCUCAAGAAGACCAUUGGCAGUAUCAACGCCUCCACUAGACAGAGCAAUGGAAGCAGCAGUAACAUGUCCCGCCAAGUUGAGCGUGAAUGUGGUGCUUAGUGCAACUUGUCUAGCAUACGAAGGGUUGUAGGGCGUAACACAUCGUAUGAAAGGUUGGAUGGCCUCGAGGGCCUUGUAGAGAGUCGAUGGGAUAGCAAAUGGGCUGGUGGCAAGGAAGGGGCUCAGGACAGAUGGAGUAGAGGCGUGCAGAGAUCUAUUAAAUCGGUUAGUACAUGUGCCGUCCAAGAUAGUUGCAGAACAAACCCUAGGAUAAUUAGACCAUCUUCAGCGCGGCGGCGAGCGUGUUCCCAGGCUCUACUUGACAGAGCAGCAUCGACGGUUGGGCCGCCUUGUGCGGCUGUCAGCCAUGUAUUGACGACAACGCUGGUGCUCGAGUCUAGCUCAAAUGGAAGAGACGCCAGAUAGAUGUUGUGAAUGCCAUUUAGGAGGGUGGUUGCUGACACUUGUGUCAUUUGCUGGCCACCAUUGCGGCCAGCAGGCGACUCGGAGGCUACCGAAAACAUGGACAAGCGGUUCGCCAUGUUGAUGGUUCGAUUCCGAAAGUCGUCCGUAGCACUGCUAAUGUUGGAUCUAGCUUCAAUGAAAUCGAUGGAGAGGACGUAAGUGAUCUAUAUUCCCAUGCAAUGUCGUAUUUUGGAAAGACUGGUCCGGGUGUAGAUAUAAAUCGAGAUGUGUACAGAACUUUGUAAGGAAUAUGCCAAGCGAGUGAGGCAGUUGGAGGAUGAAUGAAUAGGGUUCAACGCAUUCCCAAGCCCGUGGAUGGGAUCGAGAAUUCGUAGAAACGAAGAAAGGAAACGUAAAGCGAGAGACGACUGCCGCAGCGUCAAGGCAGCGAAAGGGAAACUUGACGAUGCUUGGCUUGCAAGUAGACGAGAGGAAAAAGAGAAAGGAAAAGGGUUGAGGGAACGCUGGCUCCUCGUCUCGUGCACACAGGCUUCUGUGGGCUGCUUGCGCGUGGGUGUGCUUAGCCGUGUGGACUUUAGCAUCUGGUUUUGUCGCACUGGG